CAACGUUAUAUGUGCUUGGCAUCUCUACUAAUCCACGUCCAAUUGUUCAUUUGUGCUGCGACAUUUUGCGUUCAGUUAGUGAAGUGGUGAAGUGCAAGAUUACGCGACAUAAAAAAUAGGAAAAAUUAAACAAAUUUUAUAUUCUACAAAUCAAACUAAAUUGUCCUUUUUGUAAAGGACAAGAGCUAAUAGCAAACUCUUCGAAAAAUUGCGAGAUUAUAAGACAUAAGCCACAAUCGAAAAUAAAGAAAAAAUACGUGUACAUCACAAGUAUUGACUCGAAAUCGUUCGGUUCAAUGCACACUCAUAUUGUACAAAUUUAACAGUAAAAAACGAAAAAAGGUACAUAAUGCUGGACAAAUAAAUAAGAAUGUAUUCUAUAUAUUUUUGCUUAAAUCGUAAAUUUGUUUUGGCAAGAAAAGUUCCCGAAAUAAAUUACUAUAAAAGUCAAACAAAGAAAAAGUGCAUUGUGUUGAAACUAAUGAAAAAGGGGUGAGUGCGCGGAAAAGAUAACUAGUGCUGCUAAUUAACGGAAAAUGUUUUGACUGCUGUGAAAACUUGUGUAAAAAAAUAACCAUAUGCAAGUAUAUAUGUACAUAAUAUUUAUACGGAAGUUUAAAAACAGUAUUUUAUAACACGUUCGUUCACCCACAAAAACGCAGCAACGAAGUCGGCAGUCAUCAUUUCAACCUCCACCUUCAUACAUCUGAACGCAUCAUAACACAAUCGUAAAAAAAUAACGCCAACGACAAAAUAGCAACAAUAUAGUGAAGAGCUUUGGUCACUUUAUAAUUUUCAUGUGAAAUUUACUCAGCCAAAGAAUUUUUACAUAAAGAAUUUUUAUUGGUGCUGAGGAAGUAGAGCAAUUGCAACGCAUUACCUUGACGGUGACAACAUUAAGAUAAUAGGAAAGUCGGUGAAGAAAGAAGGUGCUGCUCUUUUGUUAACUAAAAAAAAGAAAAGAAGGGGAACUGAAUAACGGCAUUUAUUUGGCAUGUCAUCUGCUGAGGAGCAAAACACUAAGAUGAAUGAAUUAACGCCGGAAGAGAUACGCGCCCGACGAUUGCGUACCUUAGCGGCAGCUAAUUCGUCAAAAGUAAUUUCGCCAGUUAGUAAUACACCUACAACGGCGGAGAGAAGCUCAAGUAGUACAACAACGCCAGCAGCAACGGACGAUAAUGAAAAAGAACUACGUAGUCCUAAUUGUGCUGCAAAGGAGUCUCGGCUUUUACGCACCAAUCUAGUAGCAUCGGCGGAAACAGAAGCGGAAAAUGUGCUGCCUGAUGGAGAAAGCACUAAAAUGGACGUUGACGUCGAAAUGAACUCGCUGAAUACUACACCUACCCAGCAUAUUGACAUAACGAAAUGCGCCUCCAUUCUAUCAUCUGCCUCAACCACAAGUACGUCCCUACUUACACCACCAACUGAUAGUAUUAUUAAAUCGGAAAAUGGCAAUCAUGAUAGCAAAAAGUUCAUUGACAACCAAUUAGAACACAUGGAAACAACUGAUAUAGAUACUGCCGAUAUGAUUAUUGAGCACAAACAACCGGAACAAACGACAGAUGAAUUCAUCGAAGAUAUGCUAUCGAAAAUAUUCAAUGCUACAUGGAAUGAAUAUAGUGUCGGUUCAAUGAUAUGUCCGCAAACGGCUAGUUUUCUUGAACAUUAUCCGCAAAUGCGUUUUGAUUUUGAAACCAUUAUGCACGAUGUUCUCUUAGAGUGUGUACUAAAGCUAUUUAAAGAAGAACUCGAAGCACCAGAAGGAGCUGGCAGUAGCGCGAAUUCAUCUGCCGAAUUGGAAGUUGCGUCGGCAAGUGGCACCGCUUCAGCAACAGCUACGGCUAACACAAAUGAUACUAAAGCAACCACAUCUCCAGCGGCAAGCACUUCGACAGCUACGACAUCAUCUGGUGCGACUUCGAAUCCCACAUACUCAACGCCAAAAAAGAUAAAAAGCGAUGACACAGAAGUACAGGAAAUAUUAGCAAAUGCGGCGCCCGGCAGCGCUGGUGGUACGCGUUCGUCAAUUUUCUUUUCUGAAAAUGCAAUGACGCGCGGCGGCAGAAGUAGCAGCGCACGCGAAGACGAGCGACCGGCGUCAUCACAAGCAUCAACGUCAAAUGCCGCCAAUUUAGAUAAUCCUAUCGGUCCAGUAACACCUUCAAGCAGCUUCCAUGGCACCAUGGUCAGGCAAGAGGUGAUCUUGUAUUUGGUGAAUUGCCAUCGUCUCCGACAACAAUAUACAACAGAUAACAGCGUUACCGGCAGCAAUGUACCCAUGGAUACACAAACAAAAAUACAAAAUGUAUUACAACAAGUACAUGAUGCUAUAAUGCGUACUACCAUACUCGUGCUCACCGAUCGCAUUAAUGAAAAUUCAAAUUUCAUUUUCGAUCAAUCGCCAAUGCUAGAAAUGCUCUAUCAGGGUCGCAUACCCGACGGUUUCUUAUAUGAUUUGGUAGCUACGGCGCAUAAAACAACUGAGGAUUUUCAGCAAAUAUUUGGUCAACUACUGCGCGGUCUUUUCAUUGGCAUGCAACGUAACAUUUGCACGCCCAACGUCAAUACACAACAAAUUGAUGUUCUAGCUAAAUUGGUGGUCAUAAAAGUGGGUGCAGUGCGACCGAUCUGCGACUUGAUUGCAGCACAAGUCAAUUUCCUACCAUCGAUGUGCACGAAGAUACCCGGUCGGGAAAUAGUCAAAUGCAGUUAUCUGGGACCGUUUCUCUCCGUAUCGCUCUUUGCUGAGGAGAAUGUGAAAUUUGCCGAAGCGCAUGGCAAGAGCAAUGUCAUCGUGUACAGCAUGUAUCACUUUCGUUGGGAAAUGCAAUCCAUGCGCACAUCAAUGCAUACAGUAUUUCAUUCGUUGCUUGUAAAUGUCAAUAGCCGCCCCCAAACACUCGAAUACAUAAGUAGAGUAUUGCGCUACAACGAGCGUCGUGCACAGUUCGCUUGCGAUGAAAAAUUGCUUGCACGCGAUGGUUUCGUCAUUAAUUUAAUGAGCGUGUUGCAACAACUGUCGGUGAAAAUCAAAUUGGAUCGCAUCGAUCCGUUAUUUCCAUUUUAUAAAGACACAUUGAUCUCAAUCGAGAAUGAUACGAAAUUGCGUUUUACCGCUGACGAAUACAAGCAAUUCAUUGAACGUGAUUUCGCUACAGCCACCCAUAAUGCCAAUUUCCAGACGCAAUGUUGGUUUCUUACACUACAAGCUCAUCAUUUAGGUUACAUGCCGGCCAUACAACGCUAUCGGCAGAAGGCGCGCGCUAUAAAAGAACUGCAAAAACUCAUCGAUGAAAUUGAUCGUACCAAAUCACAUUGGGAGAAUACACCAUAUGCAAAGCGGAAUAAACAAUUUCGAGAACGUUGGCAUAAGCAGUUUAAAAAGUUAUCCAGGUCCAAAUUGUGCAGUGAACUUUGUCUGCUCGAUCCAAAACUUUUAUCGUCUUGCAUGUACUUCUAUUCAACGGUUUGCGAAUAUCUGCUAUAUCAGAUUGAGGGACGGCCUGUUGAGGGGCCAUACAUAGCCAAGGUGCCGGUGCAACAGUUGAAGCCAACCGAUGUACUAGCCGCCCUGCCGGAAUGGUAUGUGGAUGAUAUUGCCGAAUUCAUAUUGUUCGCCAUGCAACACGCUCUCAAUGACAUUAGGCAGACAAUCGAUCACUCAAUAAUCACAUGGCUGCUAACAUGCGUGUGUGUGCCCAAUCUCAUUAAGAACCCGUACGUCACUGCCAAAUUAGUUGAAGUGUUAUUUGUGUUCUCACUGGGUCCGCAAAAUGCUCUAAGUGCAUCCAUGUGGAAUCACGAAUUAGCACAGACGGUACUUUGCAGCGCGCUCAUGAAAUUUUACGUAGAUAUUGAAACGACUGGACAAAGCACUGAAUUCUACGAUAAAUUUACAAUUAGGUAUCACAUAAGUCAUCUGUUUAAAUCAAUGUGGGAGAAUCCUGUGUUGCGGCAGGUUAUGAUAACUGAAUCAAAUUCAGGUAAACAAUUUGUCAAAUUCAUAAAUAUGCUCAUGAACGACACCACAUUCCUGCUGGACGAAUGUUUGGAAAAUCUAAAGCGCAUACAUCAGACCCAGGUAUUAAUGAUGAAUGACAGCGCCUGGGCGCAAUUGAGCUCCGACCAGCAGCAGACUAGAUUGUCGCAAUUGAAUACUGAUGAGCGACAGUGUCGUUCGUAUUUGACGCUAGCACGCGAAACAGUGGAAAUGUUCCAUUAUUUAACGAACGACAUUAAAGAGCCAUUCAUGCGCGACGAAAUAAUCGAUCGGCUGAGUUCAAUGUUGAAUUUCAAUCUACAACAAUUGUGCGGCCCCAAGUGCAACGAUCUGAAAGUGCGCAAUCCCACCAAAUAUGGUUGGGAGCCACGUCGGCUGCUGGGCGAAAUUUUCGAUAUAUAUCUACAUUUAGACUGUGAUAGGUUUGCGCAGGCAUUGGCCGCCGACGAACGUUCGUUUCAAAAGCAUCUGUUCGACGAUGCCGCCAGCCGCAUCGAACGUUUGGGCAUACGCUCCACGAUUGAGGUGGAAAAGUUCAGAGCAUUGAUUAGUAAAGCGCAUGACAUUUACGUUGCUAAUCAACUAGCCGAAGAUGAAUGCGCCGAUGCGCCCGAUGAAUUCAAAGAUCCGCUCAUGGAUACACUUAUGUCCGAUCCGGUUACACUGCCAUCGGGUACGAUUAUGGAUCGUGCUAUUAUAACGCGACAUUUACUCAAUAGCAGCACCGAUCCAUUCAAUCGUCAGCCACUAACCGAAGAUAUGCUCGUGCCAAAUAAUGAGCUAAAAGAACGUAUCGAUGCUUGGCGGAAAGAGCAGCGCUUCAAAAGACAGCAGGACACGAAUGUGCGCGUAAAUGAUAAGAGCAGCUAAAUUUGUAUUUUGUAAUUAGUGUGUGUAUCAUGGUACGAACGACGAAUGAGAAAUAGGCAAAAACAAAAAAAAAAAAAAAAAAAAUGUUACAAAAUGCGCCAUCGUACGUUGCUGCUGCUGCUGGCUGCCGCUGAUACAACAACUAAUUGUGUUGUUUGUUGGCGAAGGUUCAUGAAUCGAAUUUUAAUUAGUUGUUUUGUGUGUGUGCGUGUGUCUGAACAAAAAACAAAAAAAAAAAAAAAACGAAAUUGAACAGAAUUGUCUUACUUAUGAUUGCUGCUGCUUCUGCUUCUAUUUAUUUACCUCAAUACAACUUGAGGUACUAAAUAUUCCAUUUUAUUUGUUAUUUUUUCGCUUGAAAGCUGGCGAUUACGCUGCGUCAAACAUGUAUGCAUUUUUCGUAAUUAUAAUUUUUGUACGAUUUGUUUUUGUUACAAAAUGGAGAAAAAAAAGCAAACACAUAAUGCCGUCAAAAUAAUUAUAUUUUUGCUUCAUUUAUUCCAUUUUUUUUUUUGUCUUUGUAUCUGUAAUUAUUAGUGGUCUAGUGAAUAUGCUUAUUACACGCAGCUGAAAUUUGCAAAAACAUAAUCUUUUUUUAUACAUACAUACAUACUUACGC